AGUCAUCAGCGGAAGUUGAGCUUUACGGUACGGCGAGCUUGUCCUGUUAGGUGUCAGGCUGCACGCAGAGAAAUACAGCAUUAGCAGCAUGGCUUACAGUGCGAAGAUCGGUCCGUCCAUCCUUAGCAGCGACCUGUCCUGUUUGGGCAGCGAGUGUGUGAGGAUGAUGGAGUGUGGGGCGGAUUACCUGCAUCUGGACGUCAUGGAUGGGCACUUUGUACCCAACAUCACGUUUGGCCAUCCCAUGGUGGAGUGUUUGAGGAAGUCAGUAGGCCAAGACCCGUUCUUUGAUAUGCACAUGAUGGUGUCUCGGCCUGAGCAAUGGGUCAAGCCUAUGGCCGCAGCAGGAGCCAAUCAGUACACCUUCCACUUAGAGGCCACCACCAACCCUGGAAACCUCAUUAAAGAGAUUAGAGAGAGUGGCAUGAAGGUGGGUUUGGCUAUUAAGCCUGGUACUACUGUUGAAGAGCUGGCUCCCUGGGCUAACCAGAUCGACAUGGCUCUGGUAAUGACUGUUGAACCUGGUUUUGGGGGACAAAAGUUUAUGGAAGACAUGAUGCCCAAGGUAAGCUGGCUGCGGAGUCAGUUCCCAUCAUUAGAUAUUGAAGUAGACGGAGGGGUCGGUCCUGACUCUAUUCACAAGUGUGCAGAGGCAGGGGCUAACAUGAUUGUGUCAGGCAGUGCUGUGAUUGGCAGUGAUGACCCUCGUUCUGUCAUCGCCCUCCUGCGCACCGUGGUGGCCGAAGCAAUCCAGAAACGCUCGCUGGACCGCUGAGAUGUUCUAUUUAUGGUCCUCACAGCGACACUCUACCUACCUGUCCCAGCAACACCACCACAGCAGCCAGCAGAAAGGAAUCAAUAUGGACAUUUCUGGGUUAGAGGUUGAGGGUCCAAGUCUGAACAGGGGGCUUCAGUGGAGGGUGUGUGUUGACAGCCAAAUCCAAAUCACUUUGAUGGAGUGAACUUGCGUCGUGCCUCCUAAAACUUGAACUUCAUCCUUUUUGCCACAGUCUCCUGAAUAGUUAACUCAAAACGAGUCUCACCUCAGCAUAGGAACAUCUAUUUCAGGGCUGGAGCCAAUGCUACUCUGAGAAACUCUGUAAACAUUCCUGAGUAUUGUUUUGAUUUACACUGUGUUCUCCCUAUGAAUCACAGAAAUAAAAUGGCCCAGAUAUCAUGGUUCAUACAUCACAAAAUCCAAUUUUGACUCGUUCAUUGUUGUUGAAAUCACAAGCUAUUUACUGUUAUACUGAGUAGAAGUAUUGUACACCAUUCAAUCAAACCAUGAAAUUUGAUUUUGCAGAUUAAAAAAGUUAAAAGUGAAA